AUGGAUGCUCAUGUUGAUGGUGCUUCCAAUGCUCAUGGUCAUGGCAUAGGCGCAGUUAUCACUUCUCCAACCGGUUUCCACCUUCCAUUCACCGCCAAAUUAUAUUUUGACUGCACCAACAAUAUGGCAGAAUAUGAAGCAUGUAUCUAUAGUUUGGAGGCGGCCCUCGACUUAAGGAUCAAGAUUCUUGAGGUGUACGAUGAUUCAUCUCUGGUAAUAAGUCAGGUAAAAGGUGAUUGGGAGACUCGGGGUAGCAAGUUGAUACCUUAUAAAGAGCAUAUCAGAAAACUGGUACCCUACUUUGAUGAAAUCUCUUUUCAUCACAUUCCCAGGGAAGAAAAUCAGUUAGCAGAUGCUCUAGCCACGUUAGCAUCUAUAUUCAAAGUCAAAUGGAAGAAUGAAUCACCAGCUAUACAUAUUGACCACUUAGAUGAACCCGCACAUUGUUUAGCAAUCGAGGUCGAUCCUGAUGAUAAGCCCUGGUUGUAG